AUGGCUAGAUUGCCAUGUGCCGAGAUUCUAAUGCAACAAGAAGAAAAAUUUCAUGGUUCCUUUGUUCCUCAAGAUUCAUACAACGAGCUGGUUACGCUUCCUCCCGAUUUGGAAGCAUCUGUCACAGAAAUUUGGCAAUCAAAUGAUCCACUUGAUAGUAGCGACUUCAACCCAAUAGAAUAUAUUAAUCAGUUGCUUCCCAAUGAGGAAUCUUUGGCAUCGGUUGAUAUUACCAUGAAAAAACUACAAAUUAAAAUGCGGCAAAUCGAAAACAAGAUACGUGAAUUAACUAAAACGAAAAAAGAUUCUUCUGGUGGAAGUCAAGGAACCGAGGAGUUGAUCGCGACAAAGAAAGCUAUAGAGGAACUCUUUGAGCGUGUAAAACAAAUAAAAGAGAAAGCUACGCAAUCGGAAAUCAUUGUGCAAGAGAUAACGCAGGAUAUAAAGUCUCUUGAUUAUGCUAAACGACAUUUGACAGUUUCUAUAACUACAUUGAAACGGUUGAACAUGCUUGUGGUAGCCAUCGAUAAAUUGAAAAAAAUGGCACGUGUAAGACAAUACAAGGAAACAUCGCAACUCUUGCAAGCGGUGUUGGAAUUAGCAAAACACUUUCAGCGUUACAAGAGUAUUAAACAGAUCUCGGAUUUAUCUUCGUCCGUUACCUUAUUCCAAAAUGACCUCAAACAACAAAUAUUUAGAGAUUUUGAUUUGAGCUUUUCACAGGAUGGGAGUCUUAUUGCUCAGGAAGCACCACUUGCGGAUGCUUGUUUGGUAAUGGAGAUGGCUUCCAUUGACAACCUGACGCGAAGAUACGCGUGGUUAAAUCGUGCAAUAAAAAAUUACGAGAAAGAUCAUACGAUCAUUUUUCCCGAGCACUGGCGACUGAGUGAAAUUCUCAGCUGGAAGUUUUGUGAAAUAACUAGAGAAGAUGUAUCCAAUACGCUUAAGACGAUUGCGAAUGAUCUAGAUGUUAAGGUUUUGUUGAAGAAUAUGCAGCUUACUAUUGAGUUUGAAAAUCAAUUGUCGAAGAAAUACAAUAAUUUAGAAAACCCAGGCUCGCCCUCGUCUACAGAUUCGCCAAAACGAUACGAAUUCAAAAAAAGCAUUUCUAUAUCUUUCCAACCUUAUCUUGGCAUUUAUAUAGACGCGGAAGACAAAGCAAUAUUUGAAAUGAUCAAUUCAUACCACACCGAAUUGAUUCCUGACGAAGAUCCGGUAUUCCUAUCAAGCACUGACCUAUUCUACUAUUAUGGUGAGACGCUUAAAAAUUUCGCAAAGUUGUCGACAGGUCAAUCUUUUCUCGAUUUGGCUGGUAUGUUUGGUAAAUGGCUGAAAAUUUAUGCGAGUGAUAUAUUGAUCGGAAAAUUGCCAAAGGAAGAAAAACGUGAAAUGACGCGACAAGAGCUCAGAACUAUUUGCAUAAUUCUGAAUACUACAGAUUAUUGCUAUAAUACCACAUCACAACUCGAAAACAAAUUAAUUGAAACAAUCGAUAAAGAAUACAAAGAUAAAAUAGACUUUGAAGCUGAACGUGAAGCCUUUCUAAAUGUCGUUACAACGGCAAUAAGAAGUCUCGUAAAAGGAAUCGAAACUAACUACGAAGACGUAUUCACAAUGAUGAGCAAAAACUCAUGGGGUGACUUGGAAUCAGUGGGUGACCAGUCCGAUUAUGUCUCGAUGUUUCAAUCAACCUUACGUACGAGUGUUGUCGUUAUUCAUAAAGGAAUCACAAAUAAUCGGUAUUUCCGGAUAUUUUGUGAUAAAUUCGUAGAUUCUUUUGUGACGCGUAUUAUUAAUAAUUUGACAAAGUGCAGGCCUAUUUCUGAAAUAGGAGCUGAACAGUUAUUGCUUGAUAUUCACGCUCUUAAAACAAGCAUUUUGGAGAUACCAACAUUAGGUAUCGAAAAUCCUGCGCCUCCAUCGACGACAUUUGUAAAAAUUGUCAAUAAAGGAAUAAGCAAAAUAGAAAUUAUCCUCAAAUUGGUGCUUACUCCUCAUGAACCACCGGAUGGCCUGGUGAGCAAUUACAUUCUUCUUAUUGGGGAUAGAAAUCCGGCCAAUUUCCAAAAGAUACUGGACUUGAAAGGUAUAAAAAAGAUUGAACAACAACCGAUAAUAAACAUAUUUCAACAGCGCGUGCAAGAUCACCCUAAUCUUGUGGAAAACUCGAAUAUUCUAUCGUUGAUGACAUGGUCCACAUCUACUAUCAUACAACAAUCGCUUCCAAACAUUCUUAAUAAUGCCACUUUGUUAGCAGCAAGUGAUCGAAUAUCGAUAGCUGAUCGGAGUGGCGCUGCUGCUAAUAGGUUUAAUGUAGGCGUUCGAAAAGUGUUGGCUGGAAGAACGUGGCUUCGUAAAGACGGAGGAGGAAACAAUGAUGAUUCUUAA